CUCAACCGUUCAUUACAUUCGUCAACCCAACGAGUGUUUCGGUACCUGAGCUUCUUCUUCUGUUUUUGGUUGUAUCCAUAACUCGAAGUCGAGUCAAAACCCUUUAACAGCAAAGAUGGUCAACUUCUCCGUCGACCAGAUCCGUGCUCUCAUGGACAAGAGCAGCAACAUUCGUAACAUGUGUGUUAUUGCUCACGUCGAUCACGGCAAGUCCACCCUCACCGAUUCCCUGGUCCACAAGGCCGGUAUUAUCGCCUCCUCCAAGGCCGGUGAGAUGCGCUACACCGAUUCCCGCCAGGAUGAGCAGGACCGUGGUAUCACCAUCAAGGCCUCCGCUAUCUCGAUGUUCUUUGAGCUCGACGACGAGGAGGACGUCAAGGAGGUUGCCCGCCACCAGAAGACCGAGGGCAACGGUUUCCUCAUCAACCUGAUUGAUUCGCCGGGUCACGUUGACUUCUCGUCCGAGGUCACCGCCGCCCUGCGUGUCACUGAUGGUGCCCUGGUCGUCGUCGAUUGCGUCGAGGGUGUCUGCGUCCAGACCGAGACCGUGCUUCGCCAGGCCCUCGCCGAGCGCAUCAAGCCCGUUGUCAUCAUCAACAAGGUCGAUCGCGCCCUGCUCGAGCUGCAGCUCGACAAGGAGUCUCUGUACCAGAACUUCCAGCGUGUGCUUGAGAACGUCAACGUCAUCAUCGCCACCUACUUCGACGAGUCCCUCGGUGAUGUCCAGGUCUACCCCAACAAGGGUACCCUGGCCUUCGGUUCCGGUCUGCACGGCUGGGCCUUCACCAUUCGCCAGUUCGCCAAGCGCUACUCCCAGCGCUUCGGUGUUGCCAUGGACCGCAUGAUGGAGCGCCUGUGGGGUGACAACUUCUUCAACCCGGCCACCCGCAAGUGGACCAAGAACGAGACCGACGAGUCGGGCAAGCCCCUGGAGCGUGCCUUCAACAUGUUCGUCCUCGAGCCGAUCUACCAGCUGUUCACCAACAUCAUGAACCCCAAGGCCGACAAGGAGAAGAUCUUCGCCAUGAUCGAGAAGCUCGGCAUCACCCUGCGUGGUGAGGAGCGCGACCUGACCGAGCGCCACCUGCUCCGUUGCGUCAUGCGCAAGUUCCUGCCCGCCGCCGACGCCAUUCUGGAGAUGCUUGUCAUCCACCUGCCGUCCCCGGUUCUGGCCCAGUCCUACCGCGCGGAGACCCUGUACGAGGGCCCGAACGACGACGAGUGCUUCAACGGCAUCAAGAACUGCGACCCCAAGGGCCCGCUCAUGCUCUACGUCUCCAAGAUGGUCCCCACCUCGGACAAGGGCCGCUUCUACGCCUUCGGUCGUGUCUUCUCCGGUACCGUCCAGACCGGCCAGAAGGUCCGCAUCCAGGGCCCCAACUACACCCCGGGCUCCAAGGAGGACCUGUUCGUCCGCUCCAUCCAGCGCACUGUCCUGAUGAUGGGUCGCUACGUCGAGGCCAUCGAGGACUGCCCGGCCGGUAACAUUGUCGGUCUGGUCGGUGUUGACCAGUUCCUCGUCAAGACCGGUACCAUCACCACCAGCGAGACUGCCCACAACAUGCGUGUCAUGAAGUUCUCCGUCUCCCCGGUCGUCCAGGUCGCCGUCGAGGUCAAGAACCCCAACGAUCUGCCCAAGCUCGUUGACGGUCUCAAGCGCCUGUCCAAGUCCGACCCCCUGUGCCUGACCUACCAGUCGGAGUCCGGUGAGCACAUUGUCGCCGGUUGCGGUGAGCUGCAUCUCGGUGUCUGCCUCAAGGAUCUGGAGGAGGUCCAUGCGGCCAUCCCCCUGAAGAUCUCCGAGCCGGUUGUGGCCUUCCGUGAGACCAUCACCGCCAAGUCUUCGGUCACUUGUCUGUCCAAGUCCCCGAACAAGCACAACCGUAUCCACAUGGAUGCCUCUCCCUUCCCCGAGGGUCUGGCUGAUGCCAUCGAGUCCGGUGAGAUCUCCAUCCGUGACGAUUCCCGCACCCUGAUCAAGAACCUCGAGGAGAAGUUCGAGAUCUCCAACCUCGAUGCCCGCCGCCUGUGGGGCUUCGGUCCGGAGAACACUGGUGCCAACUUCCUGUACGACUCCACCACCGCUGCCCAGUUCAUGAACGAGAUCAAGGACUCGUGCAUGACCGCCUUCCAGCUGGCCACCCUCGAGGGUGUCCUGUGCGAGGAGAACCUCCGUGGCUGCCGCUUCGACAUCAUGGAUGUCACCCUGCACGCUGAUGCCAUUCACCGUGGUGGUGGCCAGAUCAUCCCGACCACUCGCCGUGUUGUCCACGCUGCCCAGCUGGCCUCCAAGCCCGCUCUCCAGGAGCCCGUCUUCCUGGUUGAGAUCCAGUGCCCGGAGACCUCCAUGGGUGGUGUCUACUCCGUGCUGAACCGCCGUCGUGGUACCGUCUUCUCCGAGGAGCAGCGCCUGGGUACUCCCCUGUACACCAUCAAGGCUCACCUGCCUGUCAUGGAGUCCUUCGGCUUCAACGAGGAUCUGCGCGCCAACACCGGUGGCCAGGCCUUCCCCCAGAUGAUCUUCGACCACUGGGCUCUCAUGAGCGGUGAUGUCUUCUCCGAGGGUCGCCUCCGUGAGACCGUCACCAAGAUCCGUGUCCGCAAGGGCAUGAAGCAGGAGAUCCCCCAGCUCGACGACUACAACGAGAAGCUCUAAGCGCGCAUUUCCCCCGCCCCCCUCUCUCGUUCUCUCUCUCUCUCUCCUUCCCUCCGCCCCUCUGUGGGUGGAGGGGGCGGGGGGUGGCAGCCGGGAGAGGGCCGCUCUUUGUGCGCCGCGCGCACGCGCCAUGUGCGUGUGUGCGAGGACCCUCUCUUUCGGGCCCCCGGCUCUCCGUUCUUUCGCUCUCUCCCCCCCCCCCGCCCAGCACUUGCGCGCAUGUGUGCAUGUUGGCGGGUGGUGGUGGUGGUGAGGGGGCCGGGCGAGAGAGAGGAGGGGGCACGAUGUGUGUGUCUUUCCCCCCCCCCGUGUGUCCGGACAAGAGAGCCCGCCGGCGGCGCGCCCCCAGCGCCGCGUGUGUGUGUGUCCUCUCUCUCCCUCCUCCCGGGGAAGAAAUAUACCUCUUCUCAGCGCA